AUGAAUUCUGUCACUGAUAAACCUAACAGUGCGAUAGACUUAAAUAAAGAAUCAAGUAAUAAUAAUGCUACCCAACAAUUUUCAUCAGUGUCUUCAGAUAAUAAUUUGUGCAAUAACAUUAAUGAGAAUCAGGGGAUAAAGCGUCAGACUUCAAAAGAUAGUUGUACAAAUAAAAAGAAAAGGUGUUUUGGCAAAAGUGAUGAUAAAAUCAAUUUAAGAGAAGAAAGAUUUUCAGAUGACAGUACAGUAGAGGAGGAGAAAGAAGUUUACUCUUUAUUAGUUUCAAAUAUGCCUUACCAAUGGAGUUGUGAGCAAAUAUCAGAUUAUAUUCAGGAACAUUGUGUUGAGGUGUAUGCAUUAGAACAACUGGAGGGUGGUGAUCCAGAUUCCGGUCAGACCAUAAGGCUUCUAUUUUUGAAUUUUGAGAAAUGUAAUCAGGCACGAAAACAGCUGAAACUGAAAGGAGUUGAAGGGCGAAAGCUAAACGUUAACUUCAGUGUUCCCGAUGACUCUGACAGCGAUGCUGACACAGAAAAAGACGUUCUUCUAGUUAAAAGGGAAAGAAAGUCAUCACUCGCAACAAUUUGGAAACCAGAUUUGGACAUAUGGGGACCUGAUUCAAGUGGAAUGUAUGGCCUUAAAUCAGAAUAUUUAGAAUCGUUGGGAAUUACGCCACCUAUUGAUAAAUGGGUUCAUGUUUCUAAUUUCAGAUGUGAUAAAUCAGAGCUUAAAGAGGUCCUCGAGCUUGCUGGCCAUGUAGUUAUCUGUACUGUAAUAUCAGUCAGUAAUAAGUACGCAAAAGUUAUGUAUAAUCAUCCACUGGAAGCAGUUCAGGCUGUCUCGAUGCUAAAUGGACAGAUAUUCUACGGACAAGUUCUUAAAGUAUCAAUGUACAAGUGUCCAAACAAUGAGAUGAUACUUCCUAAAGGCCUCAUGAAUGUUGGUCCUGGUCUGGGUGAGCAGGGGAAACCGUUAAGAGAUAUUGUUAAACAGUACGAAAGGCAUCUCAAUGGGAAAUCAUCAUCUGUUAAUCAAUCGAUUUUCAUAGACACUAGAGAUAAUACAACAAAUAAAACUUCUACACCCAACAGUGAAAAUAGAGACAGUAUAAUGACUAUAAAUACGGAUUUAAAUAGUAAUUCUCUAGAAAAGGAAAUUGAUUCUAAUAAAUCACAUGAUACAAACAAUGAAACUAAUAUUUCCCAGUUUGUACCAAGUGAUCAAACUGGUGGAAAUAAGGAAACCAUUACCAGACCAGUAAAUAAUUGUACAAAACAAUUUCAGCCACAUUAUCCAAUGGUCUCAGCAGGUUCAAAUUCAGCUUCAACGCACUCUGGUGGCGGUAACUGGGCUUCUGCAAUAACUGUUACUCAGCCUUUUUCAAGCAACCCUAUCACAAAUCCACAAAGAAAUACUGCAUACAUGUCCGGCCCCGCAGGACCAAGAAAUGUUCAUCCACAAUUCAACGUCCCGGAACUCAACCCAUCUCAGAAAAGUUCGAUACCACGAUUCUCUGGCCCUUCUGCUAUGAAUUUUCCGGUAAAUAAACCCUUGACGAGGUUUUCUGGUCCCACACCACGACCCUCUUGUACUAUUCCAAGGCCUAAUGGUCCGCAAUAUAACAAUCUUAAUCCCAUCCGAAAUAGUGCUGUGUGUGCUCCAUACCAGGGUGUAAGAGGUCCUGGACCCGGCCCUAAUGUAUGUCAAACUGGUUCCAAUUCUUGGGGUAACUCUGGUCCGAGUUUAAAUAAUCCCGUAUGCAGGCCUAGUAUUUCGUCAAAUGUUCCACCAACACAAAUGCCCAUUGCUGAAGCUAAUCGACCCAUAUGUGCACCACAGCAACAAUACAAGGGGACAACCUCUUCAACAGUGGAACUGAGCAAUCUUCCCCUGUCAACAACUUUCCCCCUCCUGUCGGAAAAAUUAGCGCAAGUGGGUCAAGUGCUAUCACUAGAGCUGACGACUACAGGCUGCGCAGUGGUCCGCUUCGCAAGUCCCGCUCACGCUGAGAGAUGUUACCAGCAUUUCAACAAGAUGUGUGUUAUGGGAAAUUACAUACAAGUAAAAUUCAUAUAA